UCCACACUGUCUCCAGAGCGAGCAAUAGAAUGCAUGUGAUGAACAGAGUUGAAGUUGGAUAGUGGUGAACUAUAGGAUGAUACAGCCAUGGACGCAACACUUCUACUGAGAUCGAAACAUGAACUGCACACUGAGAAGCUCAUCCAUGUAGCUUGCUGUAUAGCAAAUGCCUAAUAACAAACCUAUAGACAUAACUGACUUUUGUCCCUUAGGUUUUCUCCCUCUAUUCUAAAGGGGAGAGUUAAGGGUAGCAUUUUGAUAGCUAGAGGGCUCGUUAUUAUAACGGACAACAACCACUUCGACUGCAUCUGGACCACAGCUGGUAUUUCACAAACAGUGGGUUUCAAGUUGUAUAUUUUACUCGGGUGUAUAAUGGGGAAAAGUGGACAGUCUGCGAAAACUGGAAUAGGACUCGCGGGGUACACCACACCUGGACUCGUUCUUCUGGUCCUUGUAAACAUUGGAGUCUCACAAGUGAGAGAUGAGGAUGGCUUUCUGGGGUUGAGGGAGCUGCCCGAGACAUUUCCCUCGGACCCCCCGGAGCCACUCCCCCACUUCCUGAUGGAACCUGAGGAGGCAUACAUCAUCAAGAACAAACCUGUCAAUCUCUACUGCAAGGCCACACCCGCUACUCAGAUCUAUUUCAAGUGUAACAGUGAAUGGGUCCACCAGAAGGACCAUACGGUGGAGGAGAGAGUGGAUGAGAACUCAGGACUGGUAGUGCGUGAGGCCAGCAUCGAGAUCUCUCGGCAGCAGGUAGAGGAGCUGUUUGGACCUGAGGACUUCUGGUGUCAGUGUGUGGCAUGGAGCUCUGCAGGGACCACCAAGAGCCGCAAAGCCCACAUCCGCAUCGCAUAUCUCAAGAAAACAUUUGACCAUGAGCCACUGGGGAAGGAGGUGUCACUAGAACAGGAAGUGCUUCUGCAGUGCCGCCCACCUGAGGGCAUUCCUGCUGCAGAGGUGGAGUGGUUGAAGAACGAGGAGAUCAUUGACCCGGCAGAUGACCGUAACUUCUACAUCACUAUUGACCACAACCUAAUAAUAAAGCAGGCCAGACUGUCGGACACAGCUAACUAUACGUGCGUGGCCAAAAACAUUGUUGCGACGAGGAGAAGCACAACAGCUACUGUUAUCGUCUGUGUGAAUGGCGGCUGGUCGACGUGGACAGAGUGGUCGGUGUGUAACAGUCGCUGUGGCCGUGGUUACCAGAAGCGUACCCGCAGCUGUACCAACCCGGCCCCUCUCAACGGAGGAGCCCCCUGUGACGGACAGGCCAUCCAGAAGCUGGCCUGCACCUCCCUCUGCACUGUGGACGGACUGUGGACUAAGUGGAGUAAGUGGUCUAUUUGUGGUACAGAGUGCACUCACUGGCGCAGGAGAGAAUGCACUGCCCCUGCACCCAAAAAUGGAGGCAAGGACUGUGAGGGUAUGGUCCUACAGUCCCAAAACUGUACUGAUGGACUCUGUAUGCAGACGGCCCCCAGCACAGACCACGUGGCACUCUACGUGGGCAUUGUCAUUGCCGUCAUCAUGUGUCUGGUAAUCUCUGUCAUCGUGGCACUCGUUGUCUACCGGAAAACCCACCGGGACUUUGACUCGGAUAUCAUUGACUCAUCAGCCCUCAACGGAGGCUUCCAGUCGGUCAAUAUAAAAACAGCCCGCUCAGCUGGCCUGCUGACUGCUCCCCCGGACAUGACCAAUGCUGCGGCCAUGUACCGAGGCCCCGUCUACGCUCUCCAUGAUGUGUCCGACAAGAUCCCCAUGACCAACUCGCCCCUCCUGGACCCCCUGCCUAACCUGAAGAUCAAGGUGUACAACUCCUCCGGCCUGGUCACUCCCUCGGAGGACCUGUCCGACUUCUCCUCCAAGCUGUCCCCUAAGGUCACCCAGUCCCUGCUGGACAGCGAGACCACGAACCUGAGGAACCAGAGCCUGGCUCGGACUCGCGACCCCUCCUGCACCGUCGCGGGCUCCUUCAACUCCCUGGGCGGACACCUCAUAGUGCCCAACUCAGGUGUGAGCUUCAUGGUGCCAGCGGGGGCUGUUCCUCAGGGCCGUGUGUAUGAGAUGUACGUGACGGUGCACAGGAAGGACAGCAUGAGGCCCCCGGUAGAGGAUGUUCAGACAGUGCUGAGUCCAGUGGUGAGCUGUGGCCCCCCAGGGGUCCUCCUGACCCGCCCAGUCAUCCUCACCAUCCACCACUGUGCCAAGGCUGAUGGAGACGACUGGCAGAUCGAGCUGAAGAACCAGCUGACACAGGGCCAAUGGGAGGACGUGGUGGUGGUCGGGCAGGAGAACUUCACCACGCCUUGCUACAUCCAGUUGGAUGAGGAGGCGUGUCACCUGCUAACAGAGACCCUAGGCACCUACUGCCUGGUGGGCCAGUCUGUCAGCAAGUCUGCUGCCAAGCGCCUCAAACUGGCCAUCUUCGGCCCCGUGUCCAGCACCACACUGGAGUACCACAUCCGAGUCUACUGCCUGGACGACACCCAAGAUGCACUCAAGGAGGUCCUUCAGAUGGAGACUCAGAUGGGAGGAAAGCUGUUGGAUGAACCAACAAUCCUGAACUUCAAGGACGGCACCCACAACCUGCGCCUCUCCAUCCACGACAUCCCCCACGCACAGUGGAAGAGCAAGCUGCUCGCCAAGUACCAGGAGAUCCCUUUCUACCAGGUGUGGAGUGGCUGCCAGCGGACCCUGCACUGCACCUUCACCCUGGAGCGGUUCAGUGCCAGCACCACAGAGCUCAGCUGUAAGCUGUGUGUACGCCAGGUAGAGGGAGAGGGACAGAUCUUUCAACUCAGCAGCACUUUGUCUGAGGACACCCAGAACAUCGAGACGUCUCUCAUGGACCCGGCCAGCAAUAUCACCACUCUGGUGGGGCCCAAUGCCUUCCACAUCCCCCUCUCCAUCAGACAGAAGCUCUGUGGCAGCCUGGACGCACCCCAGACCAGAGGCUCCAACGACUGGAGGAUGCUGGCCCACAAACUCAACCUGGACAGGUAUCUCAACUACUUUGCCACCAAGUCUAGUCCAACAGGGGUGAUCUUGGACCUGUGGGAGGCCCAACACUUCCCAGACGGGAACCUUAACAGACUGGCCGCCGUGCUGGAGGAGAUGGGUCGAUAUGACAGCCUGAUCCCCAUGACGAUGGAGUACUGACACAGACCACCCAGUGCGUCUGAGUCACAGACACCGACAGUCAUACGGCCAGACAUACCUGUCACCCCACGGUGAUGUUCGGGACAUAAAACACACGUGUCGGAGAAAUGAGGGGGAAAAAGGACCUUGUUGUUGAUGUGUGAUCCGAGUCUUUGCUGCGAUUAUUCUGUAUUGAGGGACAACAGAAAGAAAAAGACCAAAUAUCCUGGAGAUCCUAUUGUUAGCCUUAGCUGUACAUUCCUUGGUACAGUUUGCUUUUCUUUAUACAGUUUCCUAGGAAACGAUCUAUUCUGCUGUCCAUAUACUGUAUGUGGAUGAUUUCCUUCUUCAGACUUUACUAACGUGUGUAGGCUACUCAGUGACUGUCGCUCGGUCAGAAAAGGGAGACAGAGAGGGAGCAAAAAAGGACACACAAGCAGGAAAGUGGAGUCCUUGGAAUAAUGUAGUUAUGCGAUAUAUGGAGAACCAAAUAGUCUAUUCUGUCCUCCCGACCAAUACUACCCAUGCAUUGGUUCUGUUGAUUUCCAAAAAUAUAUGUUUUCAUGAAUUUUAACUCUGCAUUCAAGGUGUCAAAACAUAUAUUAUGCUUUUAUACCCUUUUUUUUCAAUUUGUCAUUGUGAUUUUGUUGAUCUCUAGCGUCAUCCUGUGGCCUUUGGAAAAAUAACAGCAUCUAUAUUAUGAUCAUCUGAACGUUCUAAUUGUGUUAUACUAUUGCUUUAUUGUUGAUCACUAUUAUGUUGGAUUGUGCGGUUUCUUUUCAGUUAGAGAUGUGAACUGUGGGGAGGGGGCUAGCUAACUCAAGCAUUUAUGUUUGGAAUUGCCUUUUUUCCAGAACAUUGCAUUUGAGCACUGGCCACUUGUUGGGGACAAAUUAGUAUUAUUGAGGUCAAGCAUGCCUGGGUCUUGCUGAGAGAGCAGAAUAGAGUACCACAGUACAAGUCAUACUACCCAUAAAACCUAGCGGUCAGACAGGGCAAUGGUUCCAAUCGGUUUUCCACCAUUCAUUUUUCCUAUAGGGUUUUCUAGAAACACUUAAAAUAAGGUCUGUGUUCCAUGUAGGUUUACCCUGGUGUGAUGUUUUGAUAACCAUGUAAAUCUCUAUAGGACAAGGUAACUUGUAUCAAUAUAUUUGCCUGUAUUCACCACCCAAAAAUGAAAUGCCAAUAUACAGUGGCUUAAGAAAGUCUUCACCCCCCUUGGCAUUUUUCCUAUUUUGUUGCCUUACAACCUGGAAUUAAAAUUGA